AGUCGAUGGUGCCCAUCACUAGGACCAUGUGCUUUUGUUACAUGUGUCAUUUGAAUUCGUUUUAUUACGUUCUAAAUUGAACGUAUCAUCGAACGUGCAACAUUCGUGAGUUUCAUAUAGUUUCCACGUGCUUGCUAUUUAGCGGCCACGAUGAGUUUGUACAACUUCAAGAAAAUCGCGGUCGUUCCGACUGCAAAGGACUUCAUCGAUAUAAUCUUAUCAAAAACCCAACGUAAGACUCCGACGGUGGUACAUAAAAAUUAUAAAAUCACAAGAAUACGCGCGUUUUAUAUACGCAAAGUAAAAUUCACACAGCAGAGCUUUCACGAUCGGUUGUCUCAAAUUAUUCAAGAAUUUCCAAAGUUAGAUGACGUCCAUCCAUUUUAUGCCGAUCUAAUGAAUGUGUUAUACGACAAGGACCAUUACAAGUUGGCUCUUGGUCAAAUAAACAUAGCUAGGAAUUUGAUAGACAAUGUCGCGAAGGAUUACGUUAGAUUGAUGAAAUACGGUGAUUCUUUGUAUCGGUGUAAGCAAUUGAAGAAAGCAGCGUUGGGUCGUAUGGCAACGAUUAUGAAGAGGCAGGCCGCGAACUUGGCGUAUCUGGAACAAGUUCGCCAGCACUUGGCUCGUUUACCGAGCAUAGAUCCUUACACGCGAACUAUAAUAAUCUGCGGCUUCCCGAACGUCGGCAAAAGUAGUUUUAUAAAUAAAAUCACCCGCGCCGACGUCGAAGUCCAGCCAUACGCGUUCACAACGAAAUCGUUGUACGUCGGUCACACGGAUUACAAGUAUCUGAGGUGGCAAGUAAUCGACACACCAGGAAUUUUGGAUCAUCCGCUGGAGGAAAGGAACGUGAUCGAAAUGCAGGCGAUAACUGCACUCGCGCAUUUACGAGCAGCUGUACUUUACUUUUGUGACAUAUCGGAACAGUGCGGUCACAAUUUAGAAGAUCAAGUGAAACUGUUUGAAUCGAUCAAACCGUUGUUUGCGAACAAGCCCCUGACAGUCGUCCUGAACAAGGUAGAUGUACUACGUUUCGAAGAACUCCCGGCGGAGAAGCAACAGCUCUUGAAAUCACUGGAAGACAAGGAGAUUCCCCUGAUGGAAAUGAGUACGAUGACAGACGUUGGAGUUAUGGACGUCAAGAUACAAACUUGCGAACGAUUGUUAGCGUUUCGCGUGGAUCAGAAGAUAAGAACGAAGAAGGUAGAGGGACUCUUGAAUCGUCUGCACGUUGCGCAACCUGUACCGAGGGAUAACAAAAUCCGCGCGCCUUGCAUCCCUGAAAGCGUUUUAAAGAAGAAGCAGAGCAUGGAAGAACGAGCGAAGGCGAAACGAAAACUGGAAAGAGAAAUAGAAGAAGAAAUGGGAGACGACUACGUUCUCGAUUUGAAGAAGAACUACGAUAUAGAAGGCGAUCAGAAGUUCGACGUCAUUCCAGAAAUUUGGGAGGGACACAAUGUCGCGGAUUACAUCGAUCCAGAGAUAUUCGAUAAGUUAAAUGAAUUGGAAAGAGAGGAACAUCUACGCGAAGAGGCAGGAAUGUACGACUACAAAGUAGCGCAAUUGUCCGAUACUAUGCGCGAUAUCGUGCAAAUGGCUAAACAAAUUCGAGAUAAGAAAGCUAUAAUGAAGGACGAGGCUCGCAUACAGAAAGCCUCCACGAAGCCCGUAAUGCCGCGUACGACGGCGGCCAAGCUUCGUGAUAGAUCCGUGUCGAAGUUGAAAGAACAGAUGGAAGACUUAGGCCUCGAUAUGGAAGACACGGAAAACGCGCAUUUCACGAAAACCAGGGGAAGGUCGAGGUCCUUGUCACAGCCUGCUAGAAAGCGUCCUCGUAUGCAGUCGGAAUCGAGAUCGGUUGCUCGCAGCAGUUCAAGACCGGCGCGCGACGAGAUGGGAGUGAAGGAUCCGAUAAUGAAGACCAAAUUAAAGAACAUCGCGCACAAAGCUUUGAAGAAGAAGAUCGCGAAGAAGGGUUUGAAGGGAGAAGCGGAUCGGUUCAUCGGUACGAAGAUGCCGAAGCAUUUGUUCUCCGGCAAACGAGGCGUCGGCAAAACGGACAGGAGAUAAUGGUAUUUUCUGAUUAUUAUAUAUAUAUUAUUCGUUCUUUUAUUCUUCUGUGGGCGAAUAAAUCGAAAUCAUUACCUCGUA